AUGUUGGAUCAGAUAUACGGUCGACCGAGUUCGAACUGGAAACGAUCCCAGGUACGCCGAGGCUACAUCACGGCCGCGGCUCGAUCGGCGACCCCACGGCACUCGCGCCCGAGCCUGCCAGGACGGGUUUGGCGCGAGGAGUUGUGAAACACGCUUGCUGACCAUUUCCGGUUGACCACACUGCCCUCCACAGGUCUUCCUCGUCCUACUCUUCUGGAUCUCUCGGAUCCGUUUGGGCAAUCGUCAUGGACCUCGCUCGAUCCCAAUCUUACGCAGACUCAACCUGUACCUUACGCGCUUCACGCCAUGGCAAAUCGUCGUUUCGACCCUGACGCUCGUGUACGCGAUCAAGAACUCGGAUGCGAUUUUGGGGCUCCAGGCGCCUGAGCCUUUAGCGAGGUUGUAUUCGCGGGAAUACUACAGGUUAGUCGGAGGGCACGGCGCGCCGUCGUGGUUUGGGAAGGUGGUGGGUACGAAGCUGACGCUCGGUCGCAUACCUCCUCUGGCUCGAGCUCAACAGGGCAACUUGGAUCGUCACCGCUUUGGAUGCAGGUUUUGCGACGGCCAUGACGAUAAGGUGGAAAAAGUUACGCGACAUCGCAUCACUCGCCUUCUCGUUGUACUACCUCAUCUUCCCCAAUGAAGCCGACGAAAAGGUGAAUAAUCUUUUCCGGCCUGCCGUUCAAUCAUUUACAGAUUUUUGACCGCUCGUAUCCUCUCUACAGCUGAGACGAUAUCGAGCCGUCUGCACAGUCGAGAUGCUACGCGCGACAUGGGAGAAGACGAGCAACCCCUACAUCCGCUUCGCGACACAAAGGGAUCGGCCCCAAGUCGGCGUUCGUCGAAAAAUCUUGUUGCCAAGACCGGCUGGGUCGUCGUACGAGUCAGUUGUGACCCGUUUUUCUGCGGAUGACUCUGUCCCUACUGACGCGCGUAAUUCGUAUGACCGGGACCUGCAGCAAACCGAUAGUGGCCUGGGUCUUGUUCAAUGGCACGGAUGAGGAGUUGGCCGAGCAGACCGAGCUGAUCUUUGACGUGCCGGGCGGGGGUUUCAUUUGCAUGGAUCCGACGCAUCACGAAGAGCGAACGCUGCGGUGGACGAUCAGGACGGGAAAACCCGUGUUGGGCUUGGAUUACGGCAAGGUGAGUCAGGGCGCGAUCGCACCAACCGCUGUGAAGCGGCUGAUCGUGGUAAACAUCUUUCUCGCAGGCCCCCGAAUACCCGUUCCCUUACGCCAUCGAUGAAACUUAUGACGUCUACAAGGUUUUGCACGAGAGUAAAGGGAAAUGUAUUGGGAUGAAGGGAACCAAACUGGGCAUUGUCAUGACCGGUGACUCGGCGUGAGUAGCCUGUCAAGUCGGGUAGAGCACCUCCUCCGAGCUGAUGUCGGUGAUAUCCCUUUGGACUCCAGCGGCGCCAACAUCGCUACGGCCAUGGUCGUUAAGAUCCUCGAAACUCGACCCCGCCUUCCCCUCCCAGUCUCACUCGUCUUUGCCUACGCCGCUCUCUCCUUCCACUUCACCUCGUGGAUGCCAUCCUCCGACGUCAAGGUCCUGCGCCAGCAGUCGUCGGGCAACAUCGCCGACUUGCUUCGCGGCAAGGACCACCUCGAUCGAAAAUCUCCGUUGAGUGUGGUCGAAGAUGUCGAGCGACCGAGGCCGCGUAGGAGACGCUCGGCCGCUAGUCUCUGGGCUCGUCGACUGUCGGGAACGAGUCCUGCUAGGCUUUUGGGGGCGGGUAGGGGGAUGUCGAAAGGGGAUGAAGGGGACGAUGAGGACGACGAUGGCGACAACGCCGAGGUCGAAGCGAAGGACAAGUCGCUCUCCGAUCGGGUCGUUUUCUGGAACGAUGAGGCGAAGCAAGCCGAGCUGCAGGCCAAGGCGGAGUCUCUGGGGAAGGAGGUGAUCGAGAAUGCCCACAAGGCUCCGAUUCAGACGAGAUUGGCCAUGACGAGUCGAACGGCGUUCUUCAACGGUGAGCUCAAGAUGUUACCUUCCAGGAAUGGGCCUCAUCUAACGCCUCUCUUCCGUGCUCAAAGAUCGCAUCAUCUCGCCGUCAAUGGUUAGUGCUUGCUGGCGUCUCACUGAUUGUGUUCCAUAUCAAUUCUAAUCUCAUGGUGGCUUAUCGAAUAGUGUCGAGCCAUGGCACUAUUGUACAUUGGGCCCAACAAUACUCCUGACAUGCACUCGGACUAUCACAUCUCCCCCAUCUUUACCCCCGCCAACCUGCUCGCGCAGUUCCCACCCGUCUACCUCUCUUGCGGCGAGCGCGAUCCGUUCGUAGACGAUGUGAGUCGUCACGACGUCGCGUCGUCGCGUCGUCACCACUUCAAACGAAUUUUAUUUGCGAGCUCGAUCUGACCACUUUCCCCUCGGAAUGCCAUAGACGGUCAUCUUUGCUGGCAAGGUUCGAGAAGCAAAGGAGGCUCGGAAGCUGGAGCUGCUUGCUCGCGAGAAUCGACACGGCGAAUCGCUGCGCAUGUCGGGCUCCUCUGCCCCUCGAGAUCCAUUGCUCGAUCAAGAUGAGGACGACUGGGCCAAAAUGCAGAUUCUGGGUGGAUGGAGUCAUGGUUAUCUGCAGGUAUGGGCGCGAUUACCUCUUGGUCGCACGCCCAACAGACACUCAUCAGAUGUUGAAUUUGCACAGAUGAUCGCUCUGCUCCCCGGAGCCGAGGAGGCCGUCAACAUGCUCGCCGACUCGAUCACCGAAUCGUUCGAGAAGCAACGCGCCAGGGAAGCGGGUCAUCCAAUCCCUUCACCCGCCCUCGCCGCUACAGCUGCUCCACUCACCCGUCGACAGACUCCGCCUGUGCUUGCAUCGACUCCGGCGCCGACGCACUACUCGCCGCCGCCCAUCCCUCAGCUCGAGGGCAUGACCUCUGAAUCCGAUCGCGACGACCAAGACAACGUUUUGUCCUUCACUCCGCGCAAAACUCGUUCUACCUCGAGCUCGAACCCACGAUCACGAUCGGAUUCACCCGCGUUUGGUUCACCGUCGAGGAACCCUGACGGAUGCACUGUUCGCGUCCCUGCUCCGAGGAGCGGGCUGGCUUCCAGCUCGGACGAGACCGUCUCUUCCUUGCCACGAACACCUGGAGAUCAUCCCGCAAGUGGUCUAUCACCCCCCGUGAUCAUCGAAUCGACCGGUGACGAUGAACAAGGUCGGGCGACGGGCGUCAAACGGGCUUCUUUGCCGAUGCCGGCCAAGAUGAUGGCAGGCAAGACGAACCCAUCGUUGUUAAUUGACGCCAAGGAUUUGCUGAAAAGGAGACGCGAAGAAGCCGUGUAUGGGAUUUUGUCGACGACCAACUCGAACGUACCUUCAGAUGACGAGAGCUCGCCGAGGUCCGCAUCGAGACAGUGA